AGGAGGGAGGGAGUAUGUAUCUCCGUUUGUGUGCACGUGGGGGUGGGGUGUGGCAGUGCUAGCCAUGACAUUGGUGUUUGGCCUUGAAGGAUCAGUGGGGUGCUUCCAGGCAGAUAAAAUAAGGAAAGGCAUUUUAGGCAGAAGCAGUGGACUGUGUGAGGGCUAGAGCAGGAAGGAAUAUGGUGAGUGGAGAAACUCUGAGUUGCCCAAUGUGUAGCACUGGGUGAGUAGCAGGGAGCAACUGGAGAUGGGACCAGGUCACAGAGGGGUUUGACUGUCAGGCCAAGGAAUUUGGCCAUUAUCUUAUAAACAGGAGGAUCAUCCAUGAGAUUGAAGGGGUCUGAGCAGGGCAAGGACCAGAUGAGACUUGGGCUAAAAGACAGGCAGUGGGUGAGGAAGGAUCAAAGGGCACUUAGGAGGUAGAAUCUAUAUGACCUGUAGCUAAUUGGUGACUCUCAGAGGUUAUAAAGUAGAUUGCUUUGCUGAUUAUUCUAGAAUAGAGGAAGCUUCCAUUUUCUUGGAUUCCUUAGUUCCUCCUUCACUGCCCUCAGGAACUUCCAGAGAGAGGGGCAAAGAAACCAAGUGAAUUCCACCAUUUCUUUGUAUUUCAUAACCUGAAAGGCAGUCUCUCCCAGCACUACCUCAAAGUCUAAGAUAUUCCGCUGUUUUUCCAGCUUCUGAAGUGAGCCUGGGUGCUGUUCCCAGCCCUCGUCUUUCCUUCCCUCUCUGUCUCUCAUCCCGUGUCACAUGGGCUGCCCUGGACUGAAGCUUUGACAUGCAUUCAGUAAACUGCCUUUGUUGGUUUGGGCCUCACAUUGGUUUGGGGGCAGACCUAAUCUUCUCAGAGUAAAGAGUGGUCUUUUCACUGGGGCUGAAACAGGCACAUGCCCCUGUUUGGGGAGCUUUCUGGUCUGAGAAACAGGAUGAAGCCAAGCUUUCUGAUGAGGGUGAACCUGCAGGGGAGCAGGUGGAAGGCAGUGGGUGGGGUCUCUAAGGCGGGCUUCUGCCAUCAGCUCUGGACAUGAGCCAUUGUCUUGGGGAGGGGCAAGCGCAAAAGACAAGGAGUCUUGUCUCUGCCCUUCAGCAGCUCUUGGUCUGGCUGGGACUCAGGCACAGAAGGUCCAGGCUGAUCCCCAGCGGCCUCCCCCGGAAAUGCUCCGUCUUCCACCUCUUUGUUGCCUGUCUCUUACUGGGCUUCCUCUCCCUGCUCUGGCUGCAGCUCAGCUGCUCUGGGGACGUGGCCCGGGCAGCCAGGGGACAAGGACAGGAGACCCCGGGCCCAUCCCGGGCCUGCCCACCAGAGCCACCCCCUGAGCACUGGGAAGAAGAUGAAUCAUGGGGUCCCCACCGCCUGGCAGUGCUGGUGCCCUUUCGAGAACGCUUCGAGGAGCUACUGGUCUUUGUGCCCCACAUGCACCGCUUCCUGAGCAGGAAGAAGAUCCAGCACCACAUCUAUGUGCUCAACCAGGUGGAUCAUUUCAGCCUCGGUGCCCUGCACAGGUUCAACCGGGCAGCACUCAUCAACGCGGGCUUUCUGGAGAGCAGCAACAGCACAGACUACAUCGCCAUGCACGACGUGGACCUGCUCCCUCUCAAUGAGGAGCUGGACUAUGGAUUCCCAGAGACCGGGCCCUUCCACGUGGCCUCCCCGGAGCUCCACCCACUCUACCACUACAAGACCUACGUCGGUGGCAUCCUGCUGCUUUCCAAGCAGCACUACCAGCUGUGCAACGGGAUGUCCAACCGCUUCUGGGGCUGGGGCCGUGAGGACGACGAGUUCUACCGGCGCAUCAAAGGAGCCGGGCUCCAGCUUUUCCGCCCCUCGGGAAUCACAACUGGGUACAAGACAUUUCGCCACCUGCAUGACCCAGCCUGGAGGAAGAGGGACCAGAAGCGCAUCGCGGCUCAAAAACAGGAGCAGUUCAGGGUGGACCGGGAGGGAGGCCUGAGCACCGUGAAGUACCGCGUGGAUUCCCGUACAGCCCUGUCUGUGGGCGGGGCCCCCUGCACUGUUCUCAACAUCAUGUUGGACUGUGACAAGGCUGCCACCCCCUGGUGCACAUUCAGCUGAGUUGGCUGGACAGCAAGGAAGCCUGUGCCUACAGGCCAUACUGCUACUCAAGCCCAGGACAGAGCCUCAGGCCCUGGGCCCAGCUCCAAUAGGACGUGGAGUGGCCUGAAGCAGUGGACAGCAAGCCACGUGUUUGCAGCAGCCCGGCCCCCAGAGGCAGGCUUGAGCCAGGAGAGGACACACGCAGGGUGCCUGGGAUGCUGCCAGCAGUAAACAGUGAUGGAGAGAGGCUGGGACAUGGUUUCCAACUGAGACUCUCCACUCUGCCUUCCUGCUUGCCCUGCCCUACCCUCCUUUGUGUGCUGAGAUCUGCAAGAUCUUGUUCCUUCUCCUGGACUGCCAGGCCACUGAUGUGGGUGGCAAGGGCCAUCAGGAGGGUUAAAACUGCAGAGACCAGUGUGCAAGCCCCACAGAAAGGGAGCAGCUGAGACCAGCUCUAGCUGGUUGUCACCCUGAAGGAGUGUGGGCCUGGUGUUGCCAGAUCUUCUGAUUUUUCAAAAGAAAGUAGAAUUCUGGAUUCUUGAGUGAAAUUGGUUAAUUUAAAAAUGAUAGCAACUAAUUCAAACUUUUAACAAGUAUGGUAAGCCAAACCAAA